AUGUCCACUGACAUAGUCGCUCUCUCUGGGCCCGGGGCAGAAGAUGCCCGUGAGGAGCAGAGCCCUCAACUCGUACCCGCACCAACUUUAGGCCGCAAACGCAAGGCUGCCACAAUGAGCGAGCACGGUGGCGUCGACAACCUUGAUGAUGCUGUCGCAGCUUUCACGACGAACAUCAUGCUUUCGGCUUGUGUUGCUUGGGCAGAAAAUCCUCCAAAAGAUCAUUCCUUACCGUCUUGUCUGGAAAAGUUGGAUCGCAUCACCAAAGAGUUGGGGCAUAGAAAACGCAAACGCCAGCGCGAGCUGGCAGCACGUGGCGCGGAUGAAGCUCAAGAAGCGGACACGGAAGUUAAGGAGGACGGCUCUGGCUGGGACAGCCGGAUGAGAAACUUGGAAGCACGCUCCGAGGAGUUGGACAGGGAGAAGAUCCAGGUCCUCGAAGAAAUAGCAGAGGCAGCAGAAGAGCGCGCGAAACAAGCACUAGAUUCGCUCACGACGGAGAUCGAAGCCAAGCGGAGAUUGGUUGAGAUAUUUGGAAGGCAGGUCGCUGAGACGGUACCUUCACUCAACAAAUUCGAGGCGAAGUUCCGGGAACAAAGCAAAGAGCUGGACCGCAUUAUAGAUAAACCAUAA